AUGUCAAAUCCAAUCCUGGAUAGGUCGUCCAGCGCACCUACCAAAUCCGUUGUUAGUGUGAAACCUGCGCAGAGAUCCAGCUUCGCUACCGGAACAGAAGCUACAACUGAAAAGGCCACAGGGCCAACAAAGUGUGUGCUCUGUCCAAAGGACAACACUCAUGCAAUUGACUCAUGUGUGAAAUUCAAGAAUAUGUCUCUUAGUGAUAGAAAGGAAGCCGUAAAGAAGCGUGGGUUGUGCCUGGGGUGCCUUAAAUGGGGUCAUCGGGUUAGGGACUGCAAAAGCAAGCAUAAAUGCAAAACCUGCUCUCGUGCCCACCCCACGCUUCUUCACGACGACUCUUUCAAACCUGUUGAAUCUACUGUGCAUUGUACAGAGUCAAGUGAUGUGGGCUCAGAAUGUCUGCACACUAUGAUUGUGCCAGUGUAUGUGUAUCAUGAAGACGACCCCUCGCGGGAGGUGUUGGUUUACACAUUGUUGGAUGAUCAAUCUGACACUUGUUUCGUAUCUGAGUCAGUGCUGGAGGGCAUUGAUAAGAGAGGUGAUAGCACCUAUCUCAAAAUCAACACAGUGUUGGCAGAAGGUGUUGUGCCAGCUGAGCGGGUGACAGGCCUCAUGGUCCGGGGUUUUGGUGAAUCUGCAAAAAUAAGCCUCCCUGUAGUCUUUUCGCGUAAAGGCAUCGGUGCCUGCCGCUCACAGAUACCGCGUCAAACCAGCGCGAAACAGUGGCGCCACCUCAAAGGGGUGGCACCUAAGAUUAUGCCAUACCGUGAGGAUAUCGAGAUUGGCAUGUUGAUCGGUCAAAAUUGCGCGCGCGCCAUCAGGCCAAGGCAGAUUGUCGCUGGGGGAGAAGAUGAUCCGUAUGGUGUUAAAACGGCGCUAGGUUGGGGCGUGGUUGGCAGGAUGGAUAAAUUAGGGUCAAGGCUUGCUAAUUCACAAGAUCGUUUCGUGUACAGAACUCGUACAAAAGAAAUUAACCCCUCUGAUAUUUUGCAGGUACUCGGCCAAGACUUUGCCGAUACUAAUGAUGUUGAUUCUCAUUCUCUAUCUGUUGAAGACAGGUUGUUCAUUGAAAAGGUUUCCAGUGGCAUCAAACUCCGUGAUGAUGGACACUUUGAAAUUCCCCUCCCGUUUCGUGAGGAUCAGGUGAGACUUCCCAACAACCGAGUGAUGGCUAUGAAGCGUACGCAGAGUCUCAAGGCGAGGAUUAGAAAGGAUGCUAAGUAUGGUGAAGAAUAUGUGAAAUUCAUGAGUAAGCUCAUAGAUGCCGGCCAGGCUGAGAGAGUGCCAGAAAACGAAUUAGAUCUGGACAAUGGUUCUGUAUGGUACAUUCCCCAUCACAUGGUCUCACAUCCUCACAAGGAGGGUAAGUAUAGGGUCGUGUUUGAUUGCGCCGCGUCCUAUCAAGGAGAGGCAUUAAAUGGCCAUUUGCUCCGGGGACCGGAUUUAAUAAACAAUCUUGUCGGUGUCCUGGCCCGCUUCAGGAAGGAAGAAGUGGCAUUCACGUGUGAUGUCCAGGGUAUGUUUCUACAGGUGGUCGUGCCCCCCCCGCCACAGAAAUUAUUUGCGAUUUCUGUGGUGGGAGGACGGCGAUGUCAGCAAGGAGCCAGUUGA